ACCACGUAUCGGAGCUGCGAGUCGAUGCGUCUGUGGUGGGAGAGCAGGCAUGCGUCUCAAGGCCAUUUUCAAAUCUCAUUGGUGGGCUCGUCAUGUGGUAGAGAGUCAUCCCGAGUCGCGCGGAGAUUGUUUUUCUAGAUAUGUCAGUUUACCACGGACAUCUCCCUCCUCUAUAGACAGCUCAUCCAAAAUGUCUUUUUCCAGCAGCUCUCCUGCGGCAAACCCCUUUCUGGUGGACUCGUUAAUCGGAGCUUGCCGGACGGAUAGCUUUUACUCAAACAGCGGGGUUUACAUGUCUUCUGGUGCAGACAUGGGAACUUACGGAAUGCAAACCUGUGGACUUCUGCCGUCUUUCGGCAAGAGAGGGGAGGUGAACCACCAAAACAUGGGGAUGAACGUCCACUCGUACAUACCUCAGCUAGAUAACUGGACUGACCCGAACCGAUCCUGUCGGCUUGAGCCCAACCUCGGUCAGAUAUCAAGUGUUACGUUCCCACAGAGCAUCAAGGAGGAGAGCAACUGCUGCAUGUACUCUGACAAGAGAGCCAAAGUCAGCUCCUCUGAUGUCCCGACAUACUCCACCCUCCUCCCCGAGUCGUGUCCAGUGGACGGUCCAGAGAUACCGGUUCCAGGCUAUUUCCGGUUGAGCCAAACUUACGCGAGCGCAAAGCACCAGGCGGAUUACUGUCACGAAACGCCAAGUCCGAAUACGACGUUGAUGCAACUAAAUCAGGUGGCAGCUCCAAAGUCGCAUUCCUCCGUAUACGCCGAGGUGGACAACAAGACGGGGGAACGGUCGCCCCAGACCCGCGACGCCGCCAGAACCCCGGUCCCCGUGGAGAGCCCGGACACUGAGCCCUGCGCGGAGGAGAAGAAGGAUUCCUCUGUGUCCAGCCCCGUGGUAUCACAGAAGGAAACGAAAGAGUUCAACAACGAUGCACCAACGAGCAACUGGCUGACCGCAAAGAGUGGCAGAAAGAAGAGGUGUCCCUACACCAAACACCAGACUUUGGAACUGGAGAAGGAGUUCCUCUUCAACAUGUAUCUGACGAGAGAGCGCCGCCUAGAGAUCAGCAAGUGCGUGAACCUGAGUGACAGACAGGUCAAGAUCUGGUUCCAGAACCGCAGGAUGAAACUCAAGAAGAUGAGCCGGGAAAACCGCAUCCGAGAACUCACCUCCAACCUCACCUUUUCGUGAGCAACGAGUUCCUCUGAGUGUUUCAGCGUCUUUGUCACCUCCUGUCCAUACGAUGUUAGUGCGUUAAUGUCCUUGUAUCAUCCUUUUGUUUUAUGUAAACGAAACUGUGAUUGUAGAUUUAUGGGUGUUUUUUGGUAAACAUUUUGUUGCAUUACUUAUUAUUGGUAUAUUUUAUUACAGGGUAAUUUUUAUGUCUUAAAUUAUUGAGCUUACUUGUUUGGUUUUGUUUCCGUUCUCAGUAGACAUGGCUCUUUUAAUGUGAAGAUGUCGCAGUAUAGCGACCUGACUGGUAUCAGACAACAUUUCAGACACAAAAGCACAUUUAGCCUCAUGUAGCGCCCUACACGCAAGCCAGUGGCUCAAUUGCAGAAAUGUUUCAAGUGGCGUAGUAUAUUCAUUUGUGUUGCAUGUUUGUGGCAUGUAUCCUGCAAUAAACAGACUGUCCAAAAGGCA